ACAACAAUAACAACUGUAUAAUAACAACAUUGAUUUUUACCGUUUCAGAGAAACGUAGAGAAUUUUCGAUCGUCAGAGUGGAGGGAAGAAAUCGAUCCGAAAGACAUGACGCAGUACCACCAAACAAGGAUCCACACAUCAAUCGUAGUGAACACGUGACAAAAAUCGAACUGGAGCUGGAGGAGGCUCCAGAGGACGUGAUCCUUGUCGGAUCGAUGCCAUCCGAAUUGGACGACAUCGGUGAAAUCAAUUCCACCUAUCCGAAUGGUAUUCCAGAACCAGGUGCGGUUAUAGUCAGAGCUGAAGAGGCAUUGAUAGUUAUUCUGGUUCUUCUUCUCUGGGCUGCAGCGAUCGCGUUAUUCUUCAAUCGAUGGGGAAAGAUCAGAAUGCUAGAGCCAUAUCAACCGAAAUUUCAACAGCAACACAGACAAAGCUGUACCACGAUCGAACAAAAUCCACUCCAGAACCGGCAUACGUUCUCCAAAUGCAACAUACUCUGCGGAGACUGUCCAACAGGAAACGAAUUGAGUUACCAAGCUUCCGGCCAAACGCGACCAAGGCAGAACAGCGUGUUCAUUGGCUCCAGCGCGUCCCUGCUCCCAGGCAGUCAAGGUACACCGCGUCGCACGAAGAGCGCGUUCGAUCUUCAGUUCUUGAUACUCUCCGAGAGCAACGCGGCGCCCGACUCCUCCACCGGCGAGCAGGAAGCUGGGUCGAGAAGCUGCAAGCCGGCCAACGAGUCCACGAGACUGUUGCUACGCGAACGAAAGGCCAGCGUGUGCCAGUCGGACAGAAUCGAGACGACCAAGCCUCCCAUACGAGACAGAAGGAUGAGCAUCUGUCAGUUCGACUGUUCGCCGAGAACCUGGCAACGUGACCGCGGAAUGAGCGUCUGCCAGUUCGACAGAAUGGACGUGAUCGCCAGGCCGUUGCAGAGAGACCGCGGCGGGAGUAUCUGUCAGUUCGACAGGACCGACGUGUUGGCCAGACCGUUGCAGAGAGAUCGCGUGGGCAGUGCUUACCACUUCGACAGAAUGGACGUUCUGGCCAGGCCUAAUCUGUCCUAUGGCAAGUGCUUGACGAGGGAGAGACGCGUGAGCACGUGCAGUUUUCUGGAAAAGGACGAGGAGGCGACGAACGACACGCGGAUGGAACGACGUUUGAGCAGCAGCAACGCAAAGAUCGGGGACGCGUGCGCUGAAGAAGCGGAGUGUGAAGGCAGAAUGCAGGAGAUAUUUGCCAAAUGUAGGCCUAGACAGAGUAACAACAGUAUUGGUCACUAUACGGAUCAACCGUCUUGCAGCAAGACUCCUGACGUUGUAUUUGGGUACAAGGCUACUUGUGUGUAGGCACGAGAAAUGUUGCUGUAAGGAAAAAUCUCAGUCGCAGUUUGGACAAAAUUGAUUAAGUUGCAGAACAUUUGGUUUGGUGUAUAUGUAGUACUUUUGUUAAAUCACGUCUUACUGUCACGAUCAGCUGCACUGUGACUGAAUUAUGUAAUUUAAUUGAAUCUUAGUUUAAUUGCAUAUUAUUGUGUUCAUAUUAUA